AGCUCGGCCGCGGCCAUGGCGGAGCCCACGGUGUGCUCCUUCCUCACCAAGGUGCUGUGCGCCAACGGCGGCCGCAUGUUCCUGCCAGACCUGCGCGGCCACGUGGAGCUCUCGGACGCCCGGCUCCGGGACGUGCUGCGCCAGGCCGGGCCCGACCGCUUCCUGCUGCAGGAGGUGGAGAUGAGCGAGGGCCUCUGGGACGCCGAGGCCGAGGUGGCGGCCGGCGCGGGCGGCGCGGGCGGCGGCGGCGGCCCCUGCGCCUGGCGGGUGGUGGCCGUGUCCUCCGCGCGCCUCUGCGCCCGCUACCAGCGCGGCGAGUGCCAGGCCUGCGACCAGCUGCACCUCUGCCGCCGCCACAUGCUGGGCAAGUGCCCGAACCGCGACUGCUGGUCUACCUGUACCCUUUCCCAUGAUAUCCACACACCUGUUAACAUCCAAGUUCUGAAAAACCAUGGGCUUUUUGGCCUCAAUGAGGCCCAGCUUCGGAUCCUGCUUUUGCAAAAUGACCCAUGCCUUUUACCAGAGGUGUGUUUACUGUACAACAAAGGGGAAGCACUGUACGGCUACUGCAACAUGAAGGAGAAAUGCAACAAGUUUCACGUGUGCAAGUCCUUUGUCAGAGGGGAGUGCAGGCUUCAGAAAUGCAAACGGUCCCAUCAGCUCAUUCACGCUGCAUCCCUGAAGCUGCUGCAGGACCAAGGACUGAGUAUCCCAAGUGUCGUUAAUUUUCAGAUCAUCUCUGCCUACAAGCACAUGAAGCUGCACAAGAUGCUUGAGAACCAAGAGAAUGCAGCUUCUUCUGCUGAGCGUGCACAGGGUCUUGAGAAACCAGGAGGGCGUGUUGCCGGCGCUGCGGAGGCCAGUCCUCGGGUUCCUGGCCCCCCUCAGUCAGCCAAGAAGCCACACACAGGGAAAUCUUAAAGGACAUCAGUGAAAUAAGAGAUGUGUCCUACUGGCAAGUCUGAAAACAAAGCUUCUGUUGAGCUUGAUUUGUAAGUUCAUUCAUUUCAUCAGUUUUCAAUCACGGUCGUAGUAGUACCUACCUCACAAGGUGUUAUACAAUUAAAGAGGACGGAAUAGGGGACAGCGUCCGGUUGGGAGGUGGGGAGGGUGGCCGGGGAUGCGGCUGGACAUUGAGCAGGCAGAGAGGGCGGACAUGAGUAUGGUUGGGGUCGGUCCAGCACGCAUUGUGAAGUUGGCACUUUCUGCCCGACGUCCCCAAGAGCUUUCCCCAGGCCAGCGGGAGCUCCGAAAGGACCGGGUUCUGCUGACUUGCUCUGUGCUCCACCCAGUGCUCUUCCUACGCACCCAUCUACACAGUUUAUGUAGUGGUAGUUAUAGAAUAUGUGUACUUUGUACUCUAGUUUUUUCUUAACGUUUCAUAAGCAUCUUUCCCUAUUCGCAUUUUAUCACGUAUAAUCAUUUUGAUGCACGGAUACACUAAUAGAUGAUCACUUACUGAACUAUUCCCCUUAUUCUGGGAUAUUUGAGUUCUUUCUAACAAAUUUUUAAUAGGACUUUAAAAUCCUCACCAGAUUGAGUUUUUAAAUUUCUUCUUUUGCUUAGUCUUGUAGGUGCUAAAGGAUACUGUCUUUUGGUUUGCCUUUCUUUAAGUAUAUCCAAGUGAGUAUUUUUCUGUGUAUGUUUUCCGUAUGUCUUAUUUUGUGCAUUUUGUAUUUGCCCUUCAAUUCCUGGGGCCCUCCUCUGCACUGAUAUGGCAUGGCCUUUAAUGAGGUUCCUCAAUUUUCACUUAAGGAGAUCAGUUGUACCCGUGCUCAUAUGAUAUCCAACUCUGUGGAUCCGUCCUCAGCCAGUACCACAGGGUUUAUAACUUUUGAGUGCUCACCAAAGAUUUCUACCUCACUCUAUCUCCAUUUGUUAUUAAAUUUGUUUGCCAAAGCCCCAUUGGUAUCGUUUAAACGGUAUGUUGUUCAUCUGUUCCUCGAAGUUGUAUCCAUUCUUUCUGUGGGUCUGGAGGGACCAUUAGAAACCUAUAUACCUCACCCAUUUCAUGUGGACUUUAUCUCCCUUCUCCCUGCCACCCCCUCCCCCAGCUUUCUGCAUCCAGUUACACGUAGAUGUUUGGUUCUUGGUUUCAUUGAGGGGUACCACAGAGAAGCAGCAUUAUGAGACCUCCUGGGUUUCUUAUUGUGGUAUCCCCAGAUGUCAGUGUGUAAAGUUUUGUUUGUUCUUAAGUUUAACUUUCCUGCGAUAACAACAUUUGAGAAGUAGGAACAAGGUAGUGAGUUUUUCAUAAAGCUCAAUUAGUAUAGUUUAGAAGCAUGUUUUGUCAUGAAAUGCUGUCUUCUCUAUUGGGGAAGGUAUGCAAAAACAUCCUUUUCAAAGUGAGAAAUUGCUGUGUGUUCGCCUAAUGGAUCGUAAGAGUCAUGUGGUUAACCUUUUUACCAUGGUUGUCCGCAACAGUCUUUCUGAAAGCCUUUCUGUUCUGCAUACCUUGUUUCCUUUUUCCUAGUUCUGAUUUUUCCUGGUGCUCUUUUUUUUACAAAAUUAUUUUUACAUUUUGUUAUUAUUUACAUUUUAUCCUUUUACUAUGGGUAUUUUUGCUCUAAGCCAUCUAAAAGUCUUUUUUUUUUUUUAAAUUUUUCAAUUACAUUUGUUGAGCCACCUUAAGUCCUUAAUGGAAAGUGUACAGUAUAAAUGUAUAUCCUGUACGUUAAGAGACUUGGUGGACUUUUACAGUAUUGUGUUUUUUUCAUACAUCUUCUAGUUAUGCUUUUAUGUGCCGUUAUUAGCCCUUUGUAAUCUCUGUUACAAUAUUUUAUGGAUAGUAAAUACAUAGGGAAUGUAUAAUAUUCCCUUUAAAGCUUAGUUCUGUUAGUAUUCAUUCUGCAAAAAUAUUUUACAUAAUUAUACUUGACCCUCAUUUCCAGCUCAUGAUUCAGCUGUUGGAAAGUUAUUAUAUGAGAAUUGGAGAUGAGUUUUCCUUGGUCAUUUAUCAGGGCACAUGAGGGGAAGCUGUACCUGCAUAGGCUCCACAAAUUCAACAUAACCUAGGUUAAAUAGUAACUUUCCUACAGACUCAUUCCUCCUUUGGUUUCUUUGUUUUGGAGUGUCAUCACCUAGUGACAAACCAAAACCCUGCGAAUGGUCCUCAUACUCGUCUUUCUCCUGGUCCCUUGUGUCAGACUUGUUACCCAGUGCUGGAGAUUAGUUUCCCUUCAGAACUCUCAAUUUCUUUCUUUCUUUUUUUUUUAAAUUUUUUUUUCAGUGUUUUAUUUAUUUGUAGGAGAGAGAGACAGC